AUGGCGCUCUCUGCUGCGUUUCGGGAACGACUUGAACACAUGGAGCAUACUCGUAACCAACGCCUCUCUCUCCUCCAGGCAGAGAAAGAAGUGCAGGAGAACAAGUCUCAGGCGCUGGUUUUGAGAAUCGCAAGCAUGAGGGCCACGGAGCAGAGGUGCUUGGCGCUCGACCAAAAGAUCGCAUCGCAAAGCUUCAAGAUUUGGGCGCUGAGGUCCGAGAUCGAUCGCCUCGACGAGAAAAAUCAAACCGAUUAUCAUCAAUUGAGGGUUUUGAAGAGUGAGGUGGAGGAGCUUGAGGACUUGGAGAAGGAGAAGAACAGGUUUUAUGAACUGAAGGGCUCUGAAAUGAAGGAGUUCAAGCAAAAUGUGGAGAGGUUUGCUUUUGAAUGCCAAAUGCAAGUUCAAGAUUUGAAGAAGGGCAUCAAUGAGAUUCAAUCGAGGUUUGUCAAAUUCCAAGGCAGUGACAGAUGCACAAGUGAUUCUGAGAUAGCUGCGGCUGAAAUGAGAAAGUCUGAGCUUUUAGCUAUGAAAGAGGAGCUUGAUAGAAAGUUGGCUUCUAAUUACCAAAUUAGAGCCCAAUUGCAAAAGCAGCUUCAAACCAUUCUAACCAAACACAAACAAGACACAAGUUACAAAUCCUGA